AUGCUUAAAUAUCUGGUAUUCUCAAAGAAAAAUCCAACAUUCAAAGUCAUACCAUUGGGUGUCAAAGGAGGAUUAAUUGAAAGUGAUCUUUCCUCAUACUUAGUUGCUCCAUUUGGAACCAAUGAUUAUGUAUGUUUUGAUGCUGGAACACUACGUGUCGGAAUUGAGAAAGCUAUUUCUAAAAGGAUUUUUUCUGUUUCAAAUGCAGAUGAGGUAUUUAAAAAAUAUAUCAAAGCAUAUCUUAUUUCUCAUGCUCAUUUGGAUCAUACUAGUGGAUUAAUCAUCAAUUCUCCAAAUGACGUUAAAAAACAUAUUUAUGCUCUGCCAGAUUGCAUAAAUAUGAUUAUAGAUAAUUACUUCAAUUGUCAAAGUUGGCCAAAUUUUGGAAAUCAAGGUAAUGGAUUUUUACUUAAGCAAUAUGAAUAUCAAACAUUAGUAGAACAGCAAGAAACAAUGAUUACAAAUACGACAAUGAACGUUACUGCUUAUUCAUUAAGUCAUUCAAAUCCCUAUCAAAGUACAGCAUUUUUACUCCGAAAUAACGGUAACUAUGUUCUGUAUCUGGGUGAUACCGGUCCUGAUGAAAUAGAAAAAACGCAUAAUCUAUCAAUACUUUGGACAAAUAUUGCUCCUAUUAUAAAAGAAAAGAAAUUGAAAGGAAUUUUCAUAGAAGUUUCUUAUCCCAAUGAACAACCUGAUGACGCGUUAUUUGGCCAUCUAACCCCGAAGUGGUUAAUGAAGGAAAUGUCUGUACUGAAUACAUUAGUCGGUAAUAAGAAGCUGUUAAGACAAUUUAAGGUAAUCAUUGUACACCUUAAACCAACAGUUAAAGAUGUGAAAAAAAUUAAACAACAGCUUAAAAAAGCUAAUAAGUUGAGACUGGAUAUCGUAUUUCCUCAGCAAGGUGUUUUAUUUACAUUGUAA